AUGUUUAACAUUGACUACAGAGACCACAUACAAUGCACGAGUAAAACUAUGAAAUCUCAUGCUUCAGUUUGGGGAAAAGAAACUUAUCACAGUCGGCGAGACUUCAAAGAAUCAAAAAGAUUUCUUUAUAAAUUGCUUCUUGCUUAUGCAUUAAUAAUUAAAAGUAGAGAGAGAAAGAACAAAGUUGGAAACAAUUUGGGACAUGAUGAGAAGAACAAGAUUAAUGACAUUAUGUCUCUACGAUUAUUAUCUGCACACAUUUUAGAUUAUGUCGUUAAGAUUAUAGUGAAGAAGGUUGCAAGAGAAAAAAGGAGAAGUAAUCGUUCUUAUCAUAAGAAAAAGAAGAAAAAUAAAGGAUAG